AAUUUUUUAUUGCCUUCCCACUCUGCUCUCUCUCUCUCUCUCUCAUCAUCACGACUUCCCAUCCUAUCCCUCCUUUUCCUUUUGCCUCUCUCUCUCUCUCCAACUUUCUAUAUAUAUUAUUACUUAUAUACACACACAAAUUAUGCUCUAGUGUUAAUUGCUAUACGUAUAUAGCCAGGAGAUAUAUAUAUAUAUAUAUAUAAAGGAGAUCAGUGAGAGAGAGAAUAAAAGCCUAGCUUGUUUGGUUGUGCUUAUUAAUUUGUGCUUGUUUUUCAUUUUCUAGUUGUUGUUCAAGUUUGCGAGGUUGAAUUUAGUCGGAAGAGAUGUCGAGCUGCAUUGAAGUUGUGCCUGAGAAACUGUGUUACAUCCCUUGCAACUUUUGCAAUAUUGUUCUUGCGGUGAGUGUUCCAUGCAGUAACUUAUUGGACAUUGUGACCGUCCGAUGCGGGCACUGCACCAAUCUAUGGUCAGUGAACAUGGCAGCUGCAUUUCAGUCACUUUCCUGGCAAGAUGUUCAGGGAGCCAACUAUGGUUCAGCAGAUUACAGGAUUGACUUGGGUUCUUCGUCCAAAUGCAACAACAAGAUCACAAUGCGACCACCGGUUACAAAUACCUCUGAGACAAGGGUUGUCAAUCGACCUCCCGAGAAGAGGCAGCGAGUACCUUCUGCAUAUAACCAGUUCAUAAAGGAAGAGAUUCAGAGGAUCAAGGCUAAUAAUCCAGACAUUAGCCACAGAGAAGCAUUCAGUACUGCAGCCAAAAAUUGGGCACACUUCCCUCACAUUCAUUUUGGGCUGAUGUUGGAGACCAACAACCAAGCCAAAAUUAAUUAGGGCUCUGAGAGUCAUUUAAUGCCGAGGACUGAGUCUUGAUUUCUUCGAUCAGGACAGCUUCAUUUACAUCCCCAUCUGUGUACUUAAGAAAGCCUUGACUUUAAUGUGUUUUAAGGACAUAAAUUAAGUACUAUUUCCUUAAUUCGUUGCAUGUAUUUGUUCAGGAAUUAUUUAGACCAUGUUAUUGAUCAGCUGUUGCUUUGUGUCUUCAUCAAUCCUCCAUUCCCUAAACUGCAAAAGAGUAAUAAUUUUCACAAGAUUGACUUCAUAGUCAUAGUUCAUACCUUUUCUAUUAAGGGUAUGGGCAAUAUAUUAAACAUUGUUUUCUUCCGUUUGCGUUA